CGUUUAAAAAAAAAAAACGAGUGUGAGCCGCGUCCAUAUGACGUCAUAACUUUUGGUCAGCAGUUCGCUGAUACGGUCUCGAGGGAAAAGAGGAAGUGAAGAGGCCAGAAGAGAUGUAGAGGUAGCAAAACUUUUACUUUGAUGGUUGGUUUGCGUCAACAGGAAGUCAUCUACGUCACAGAGAGCAAGUUUACAUCUACGAUUCUAAAUUUGGUUUAUCUCGAAGGUGUAAAUCCGUUACAAACUUUGCGAUUACGCCAACCUUUUCCGGUCUAUUGCGGCCUCUAAUUUGUGGGCUGGUGCGGGCGCCAUAUUUGUCGUUCCACCAGCGAAUUAAAGAAAUCAACUGAAGAGAUAAUAAUUAUGGCUGAAUUCUGGAGAUAUCUUUCAUUAUAUUUUUGGUACCGGCGAGUGGUGAAAAUUCUUCUUCAUUUUUCUACUGGUCAAUGCGAGUUACAGCGAAUUUGUUACAAGACAAGACAUGGAGCUUUGAGAACAGGCCAAGUUGAAAAAUCCUUGAGGCAGUCAAAAUCCAAGGAACUCUCAGAUUUAGUGGAUGCAGCAAAUGUGAAUAUUCAGGAAGCACUGGAAUUGAUUAUAAGAGUGAAAAGGAUAAGACGGGCGCAGGAAAGUGUUUUUGUGGACUCUGUAUCUAUCUGCCUGAAUCAGAUAUGUGGUUAUACAGACCUUUGCCAUGAUGCUGAACAGUUGAGAAACCAGCCAUACUCAUCUGACGAUGCCAGUCAUGAAAAGAAGUUAAUGCAGCUCUGGAACCUGUUGAUGCCAGAUACACCACUGAAGGAGAGGAUCAGUAAGCAAUGGGGAGACAUUGGUUUCCAAGGAAAAGACCCUAGGACAGAUUUCAGAGGAAUGGGUGUCCUUGCACUGGAGAAUUUAUUAUAUUUUGCAUCAAAACACACACCUGCAGCAAGGAAAGUUUUGUCUCAGUCUCAUCAUCCGCAUUUUUGGUUCUCUUAUGCCAUUGCUGGUAUUAACAUCACUUCACUAGCUCUUCAGUUUUUGAACAAAGGAUCUCUAAGAAGUCAUUUCUACAACUGCAAACAAGGCAAACCAACAGUAGAUGACUUUCAUGAAGUUUAUAGUUAUUUGUUUUUUGAGUUUAGUGCUUUUUGGAUUAAGGAAGAACCUGAGAGUGUCAUGAUUUUCAAUCAAGUCAGGGAUAAAUUUGCAGACAAUAUUGAUACAAUUCUCAAGAACCCAAGUACUGUUCUGGAAUUAAAAUAUACAUCAAUACAGAGUUCUGCAUCUUUAUCAUCUGUAUCCACAUUGGAGUGACCUGUUCUGAUCUUUGCAUAUUAUAAAUAAUUUUUUAAAUACUAUUUGUACCAGUUUGAGAGUUCUCUCCUCAAGUGUUUGUGGAUAGUGAAACUGCACCCUUUUGCCAGGCAGCUGGUCAGUCUCAGCUCUGCCGUCACCUAAGAGAAUUUGCCAGCUGGCCUAAUUUUGCAUCCGGUGCAAUACUAUUUCUUGUAAAUAAAAUCUCCCACAAUUAAAAUUAUUGAAAAUUUUGUAUCGACAUUAAAUAGGAACAAAAGUUCAGAAUGUGUUAGUUAGGAGUUGUUUAACAGAGUUAAGUGAUGAAACUUGCAGUUGAGAUAAUUAAUGAUUUUUAGUAGAAGAUUUCUAGUAUUCUCUAAAGACAAUGAUAACAGUAAGGGAAAAAAUUAGCCAGAGGGAAUCGACUGGAUGAUAUAGGUUUACCAAUAGCCAUUAAACAACUACUUUUUUCACACAA